UGCUGCAGUGAACGGUAACCGUGGAGAGGCAGAGAUAGCCUACAAACAGUGGGGAAAGAGCCGAGGAACAAAGCAGGAAAAACAAGGGGAAUAAGAAGCGGGGAAAUUAUUCAAAGAAAUAAAAAGAGAGAAGGCACUGCGGUUAAAAAAAAAAAAAGCUGCGCAUCAAAAGGAGAAUCAUUACUGGAGGGAAUCUUACUGGAAACCAGCAGCAGAACCCGACCCCAGAGGAUAAUUAUAAAGGUGACCCUCCAGAGCGUCUCUGCCCUCCUGAGCUUUCAGUGAGACAGGCGGAUCUGUGUGCCCGACCAUGGCCGUCCCAUCAGCCCCCUCUGCUCUAUGGAUUGUCAGCUUAUUGACUGCACUAUUCUCAGCUGCUGUUCACAGCAACAUUGUCAGUGAUGAUGAGCUGCUGCAACCCGUGACCUCAGAUGAGACGGUGUCCGUUGGUGGCACGGUAACAUUGACCUGCCGGGUGGCAGAGACCGACAACUCUUCGCUGCAGUGGUCCAACACUGCACAACAGACUCUGUACUUUGGAGAGAAGAGAGCCCUGAGAGAUAACCGCAUCCAGCUGCACCGCUCAACACCAACAGAGCUUUCCAUCAACAUCUCCGACGUGCAGCUGUCUGACGAGGGCGAGUACACCUGCUCCAUCUUCACCAUGCCAGUCCGCACGGCCCGGGCGACUGUCACCGUUCUAGGUGUGCCCGGUACACCUCAGAUCUCUGGCUUUGAAAAUCCAGUGCCAGAGGGCGAAAAAGUCACCCUUACCUGCACCAGCACAGGCAGCAAGCCCCCCGCCAAGCUGCGCUGGUACAAAGGAGGCAUGGAGGUGCAAGGGCGUCCAGACGUGGUCGAGUCCAUUCCAGACGACCCUACUUACAACGUCAGCAGCGAGCUUACCCUGGAGGUGAGUGCCAGCGACGAUAACACCAUCAUCGCCUGUGUCGUCGAUCACGACUCUGUGAAACCUGGGGAGAAGAAGAGUGAGCAGUCUCUGCGGGUCUUGUAUGCCCCUGAAGUAGCGAUCAACCCUGACGAGAGGAUGGCGAUAGAGGGGCAGAGGUUUUCCCUGCAGUGUUCAGGCAAAGGCAACCCUGAGCCCACCAUCUACACCUGGGAGAAGGCGGAUGGAGAGCUCCCCCCACUGGCCAAAGCCGACGGUGCUAUCUUGUCCUUUUUAAUGCUCAACAAAUCAGAUAACGGUGUGUACACCUGCCAUGCUGACAACGGCAUUGGGAAGGGCAGAGGAAGCUACAUGCUUCAGGUGCAAGAUCCUUACAGCCCCGACUCCUCAUAUGCCACUACCCCCACAUUUUCUCCCACGUCCACUUCCUCCCUGUCCUUCUCCCCUCCUGAUGUCUUCCAAGGCUCAGGGUCAGACUUCAGUGACUUCAUCUCCACCUUUUCCCCGGACUCCUCCUCUUUGACGGCUGUCAUCUCAACUACCAUCCCACCCUCUUCCACAUCUACCCUCUCCAAUGCCCUUUUCCCUGACCUGCCCUUUUCCCCUGACUCCACCCCUCUCAUCCCCCCAUCCCCUGCGACUCCAUCCCUCUCAUCCCCCGCCCCCUCAGUUUCCGUCCAGACGAACGGAGUUUACACUCUCACAGAUGAUGCACGCAACCUGACAGACACGACAGCCAUGUCGACAUCUUCGGGCGUGGACCAUGCUGUGAUCGGAGGGGUGGUGGCUGUUAUUGUCUUCAUCCUGCUUUGCCUGCUCAUUGUCCUCGGCAGAUACCUCAUCAGACACAAAGGAACGUAUCUGACCCAUGAGGCCAAGGGUUCUGACGACGCCCCUGACGCCGACACGGCAAUCAUCAAUGCUGAGGGAGGCCACUCCGGAGCCGAAGAGAAGAAGGAGUACUUCAUCUAGAUGUGUGGGGUAGGGGCACAGUGCUGGGGGCAAAGAAAGCAAGAAGAAGGAGGAGGAAAAUUUGGAGGUUCCAGCUGAAGGAGAGAGGAAAGGAAAAACCUCCAUUUGUUUUCACAACGCUUCAGUUCUUUACUCUGUUAGAGGGAUGUUGGCAAGGCAAUGGAGGUACACAACUGUGGGCAGAGCUUCAACUACCCUCUUUGCAUUGAUACAGGGAAGUGAGAUUUUUCUCACUGACAUUUGGAUGAACUGAAGUUACACACUCACGCACACACACAGAAACACAUGUGCAUACAUACAUGAUACAGAUCUUUUUUUCUGCACAGACUUGAAUGCUCGUAGAUGCUCAGAUUAACAAAGGCGAGGUUCCUACUAACACAUACUGAUCCAUUAUCACAUCAUCACACAAGCAUCCUUUUUUUCAGCCGUCAGUGCACUGAAAAAGCUAAAUUGUAAACCACAUUCCGACAUCUUCUCAACCUCUUUUCUCCUCCACAUUGCAGCCCAAACCGGGUCUGUCCCCUUUACGUUCCUGUUCUCAUUGUCUCUAUCAAAACCAUGCAGAAUCCCUAUUCAAACACACUUAAGGCAGACAAAAUUAUUGACUGGAAAAAGUAGUCUUCUUUUAAUCCUUUUAUGCCAUGAAACCUCUUUCUGUGGACGAUCAGAUUUCUCCACCAAACACCACAAAAACGUGCAAAAACAGCAUUCCUACCUUGCGCAACCAAGCCCAGGGCCUCCACUAUACAUAUAUAAAUAUAUAUAAAUAUAUAAAUAUAGAGUUAUAUAGCAUUCUUUUUACUUGACAGAAAGAAUUCGGUGUGUUGUAAAUACACUCUGUUCUGUUAAUUUUUGCGUUCUGUCACUCUUCGGCACCCUCUAUCCUGUCUCAUGCAGCCCAUUACUGCAUCACAGUAACUUAUAUACUCAAAAAUAAAAUAGAAAAAAAAAACCUGCCUGUUUUUAUUACAUGCGUGGAAAUGCAGCGUCAAAAUGAUCAUUAUCUUUGGGCUAAAAAACAUGUAACAACCAUGAUGUUGUGAUAAAAACUAACCUUAACUGCAAAUAUUUGUACAAAGAAUGUUAUUCCUAUUGGUUUGUUUGUGUUUUCUAAAUUUCCUUUCAGAUAUUUUGGGGGAAGUGUUGUGUUUCCUGUCAGCGUCUUGUUGUGUUACUGUCAGUGUUAACAGUUUACAGUGUCUGCUGGUUUGUCAAUUCAAAAGUUUUGAUUUUGACAUUUCUUUCUUCCUUUUGUCGUGCCAUGCUCAGUGCCGACAUUUUCACCCUGUGUUGUCAAACCUAGAACUGUAAUCUGUAGCAAAGUCUCAGUUAAACACACAUUUGAAAGUGGUUAAAUUGAGUUUCUUUCUUGUCUUUCAUGUAGUUUCCCUUCAAAUUGAGCCUGCUGAACCUAACUCUCAACCUUACUUGGCAAGGCUGUCUGGCUCUAAAUCCAUUGAGCAGGGGCAUCACUGACUUUCUCUAAGAACCUGCCAUGUUUGCUGCUUCGGGGUUGAGAAAAUGCCCAAAGGACCUAACAGAGCUGUCUACAUGCAUUAUAACUACGUUCCUGGCAAAAGAAGGGGAAAAAAAACCCUUAUUGCUAUGGUUUUCUUGUGUGAGCAGGCCUUAUUCGCCAGCUUAGUGAAAGCUUCCCAUAAAUGAAGGCUGCUUUAUUAAGGUUGAGACUUUGCCUUGGCAGUAGUGAGCCCCACUUGGCCAGGCAUGGAAAUUGAUUGCAAUCUAACUAAGAGGCUCUGGCUGCAGGUUGUACACAUGCCAAGGCUCUGUUUGGUGGAGCUGGGGGUUUCAGGCUACUCUAACACUCAAGAAAGUCAUUUAGGAAACCUAAUGUCCUCUUCUACUUUUCUCCUUCCCCCCUCCGCCCGUCUAUUUCUUUUCAUACUUUAAUCAAUCAAGCCGUCUGUGUCCUGAGCCACCUUCACCCUGUCUCCCCUUUUCUCGUCACUCCUUUCUUCCCUUCCCCUCCAUCUCCAAUCGAUGUCCCGAAUCUCCUUGCCGGUCUACAUCUAAUUAAAAAGCCUGCGUAGAUGUAUGGUAGAAGUAGCUGUUUGGUGAUAGCUCUCUGCUGUAUUGGGGGACUAUGUUGGGGAACAUUCAGUGAUCAUUUUUGCAAACCAUCUUUGGAAAUUGUAAUAUAUUAAGUGUUUUCUGCUAGAGGGUCCCGAAGGUUUUUAUUAAAAGAGUGAUCUUCUGGAAUAUAUUUAAGGGCAGAGUUAAAGCAGAUAAUUGUGUGUUUGGUAUUUGGUGAUGCAGCAAAGCUCACCUCAAACUGUCACCUCAAAAGUACAGAGUCCUGGGUUUACAACAGUUUGUCUUCUGUUGCUUGAAAUUUGCAUUUUCAUGCUGUAGCUGCCUGAGUGUCCUCCAGGUCCUUCUUCUGCAAGUCCAAAGACAGGGUGCAGUUAGGUUACGAGUGUGCAUGAGCAUAUCCCCAUCCUUGUCCAUCUCUUUGCGUUGAUCCUGUGAUGGACCAGUGACCUUUCCAGAGUGUGCUCUUCCUCUGACAGCUGGGAUAGACUGCAUCCUGGGCAUAAUACACAACAGCAGUAGUGCCCCAACCCUGUUCCCUAGGGUCCAUUAUCCUAAAUUUUUGAGAUCAGCUGUGCUCAAACAUUUUCUAAAUAGUACAACCUCUGUAAAUACUAAGGUUGCCAAGUACCACCAUGCUGACAGAAACAUUUUUAGAACAGUCAGAAAUCUGUAAAUUGACUUUGCAGUUUCUGUCCAUUUGCUCUACAUUUUUAGAUGAAGAAUUUAGAUAUGCAUUCCAUUAUUUUUCAGAAGUUGGCAUUUCCAAGUUACAAGUUGGAAAAUGAAUAGGAAGGCUCUCUAAAGUCUGAACUUCAUAAUUAAGUUGGAUGUUUCUCAUCAACCUUGACCUCAAAAGCCAAUAUGGCUGUAAUCUGUUUAAAACAAAGUUAUAAAUGGUUUAUUGCACUUUUGCCAGGGUGUAUCUCAAUUAAAUCUUCCUGUCAGAUUGUGCUAUACAACAUCUGUUAUAGAACAGGUCCCAUAAAGAACAGAAAGACCAAAUUGUUGUUAGCUUAUAUGGCUAACAGAGAUUGGCUCGCCACUGAGCACACUAGUUAGAAAUCCCACAGUUUUUUCUAAUUGUAAAAGAAAGAUGGUUAUUCAUUUCCUCUCUGAAUUUCAAGUUUGUAUAAAAAAUGCUUACCACAACAUAUAUAGAUGUAGGUAUUUAGUAUGAAAAUUAGCUAAAUUAGGCGUAAUUUGACAUGACUUUGACCAAUAGAUGGCAGCAAAGUGCUCCCAAUAUAAUCUGUGGUAUGUGUUAAAAUUGGUUCAACAGGCUUUGCUGUGUGCUGGCUUGAGAUUAAUUCAUGACAAUUAUCUACAAAUUCAAUGUUGCUCCCUGUAAACUAAGAUUUUUUUUUUAAUAUUAACAAAUACCUUUCUCAUUAAGCAGUUUUUGUUUGAAGUAAAGAUUAUUUUGUUCUUGAACACUUUUUUGGUUGUGUCUUAUCAGCUGUACAGGCAACUGGCUUUCUUUUAACCAUUUAAAUACCACUUAUGGUGACUAAAGCAACACCAGAAAUUGUUGUACCAAAGUUUAAGAAGCUUGGUUUUUGUCCACUGCUACUAAUGCCAGACAUCCACGGACAUAUUUUUAUGUCUGUUUGUGUGGAUACAUUUAGACAUCAACUUACAUCUUUCAUCAUACUUUUUUUUACAUUUUACUUUUCAACAUAAAAGUUGUUGUUUAGAUAGAAGGCAAUGUUGUCUUCUAUUUACAACACCAUUUUCCUUAUGGUUGUACAAUGUCCCACUAUUCUUUUAAACAGGUGUCUAUUGCUCUUUUCUUAAAUAAAUCAGCUUUCACGUGAUCUGUUAUCUCCCUAUCAAAAACACUAUGCCUGUGCUACUCUACAGGCGAGAGAAACAUUUGAAUUAACUACGUCAAAAUUCAGAAGGUGGAGAUCCUAAGCAUGGCUAAAGUAGUACUAGGCUAAAUACUCUUCCAAUAAUUACCAUUUCCAUUUUACUGAGAGAGAUGUGAUAUAACCUAUGAAAAACAGCUACAGUGUUCUAGAACCAAAAGCUAGAACAAGCUUGCACAAGGUGGACUUCUACAUCAUUGUUUUGAAAAAACCUAUAGAUACCCAGUCAUCACAGAGACACCACAAACAAAGUUUUAAAACAUAUUCACUUUGGACAGAACUGUUAGAUGUCUCCAGUUUUUUGCAUGUGGUCAAGCAAUGUUGCUACAAACUGGAUUUAAAUGAACGUGUUAUUAACAGGCUUCUAAAGGGAACUUGGUGGCAUACUAAGGAUCCAAUCUUUGAACGUUUUUGUGCUGCAGCAAGGACUUUUUAAAAAUUUUAAAGUUCAGGAUAUAAGGCCCUAAGGAUCAGGGUCGAGGCACCACUGCUCAAUGGGAUAAAGCGGGUAUAGCUGAAGGAUGGAUUUUUUUAAUGUAUUUUUUCAGAGUCUGAUUCAGUUUUUUAUUUCUGUUAUGGUUAAAGACCAGAGAAUCAGAUCUGUCUCUGAGAGCUUGUUGCACACUUCGAAGACAUUAGCAUCGAACUGGAUUUAGCCUCAGUCUACUGUUACUCUGCUCAUGUUGGAGAGAGGAAAUACUUGCCUCAUACCUAAAGUACAAUGUCUUUUUAAAAACUAAUGGACCUGUAUUUGCCUGUAAUUUAUCGUCCUGUCCUUUGUCUUAGUUAAUGUGCUAGCAUGUAGCUUGCAUGAGGAAUGGUUGGAAAGUGUAGAUAGUGCUGGAGAAGAGAAGUGCCGGCAAGCCACUCUCCUGAGACUUCACUGCCCUUCUCUGUUCUGCAAACAUAUGCCGUGUUCCAGAUAAAUCUGCCAAUAUCCUCCUCAUCUCUGCUGACCAACAAAUUAUGACUCUUUCUGCUUUUUCCUCCAACACUCCAUCAUGAAAUCUCCAUUUGUUGAACUGGGAUGUGCAGACAGUGCAACUAUAUUUUCUAGCCUUGGUGCGAUAGUGACUAACUGUCACCAGGUGCCAGCAAAACAUCUCUUUCUCCAUUUUCAGUCAGUUUUAGCAGAACUGUCCCUCAGUCAGAGUCAUAACCUCCUCUUUAGGCAGUUCUAAACUAACUGCCUAUAAUUUUUUCCCCCUUUUUGUAGAAAAAACAUUUACUUUUUAAGUCAUGUUUUUUAAAAGCUGUGCAUAAUCAUCAGUGUUUGACUUUCAGUUUGGUUGGUUAUUAAUUUUUAUCUAGAUUUCCCAAAACUUGAAUGUUAGAAUUGUAGUUUUUGCAUUUAUUUUCUUGUUUCAGUGACCAUUUUUAUAUAUUUUCCUGUAUAUAGUGUUGCCUUUACUGUAAACUCUUAUAUGCAGACCCAUACAAACACUUCACACACACACUAUGGGUGCAUCAACACACACAUAGAUGAAUAUGCACAGCAGGUAUGUCUGCUCAUGUGGUGUAUUUGUACUUAAGUGUGUGUGUGCAUGUGUUUGUAUAGGAGUGUGUAUCAAAUGACCCAAACAGAUUCCAGAGACACCUUUAAUGUGUUGCGUUCACAAAAAGUUUUUUAUUUCCAUGAAUAAAAAGGUCCUAUUUUUUUCUUAUUUGAAUGAUAAGUCUUCCUUUUGAGUAAAUAUUCAUAUCACAUGGAAAUAGUGCUGUUGUGUGUGUUAAUUUGUAAAAAAACAAAAAAAGUCCGACGAUGUCAUCAGUGCAAGACCCCGACAGAUGUUGUGAUGGGGGUGGUGACUGUUGGCUGAAAUGUUCUGAAAAUAUUAGGUUUUGUUUUGUUUUAUUUUCUUCCUCUUUUUUGUUAGAACAUAAGUUUAAUUGUUGACUUCAAUAAACAUGAAUUUGGGUUAAUUUCA